CCACAGGUCAGCGGAAGUCGGUGCUCUCACUGGGCACUCCGUCCGCCCUGCCCAUCGAACGAGAGAGCGAGUCCACGGAAGUAAGUUCUCGAGCCCGACAUCUUCUAGAAAGUGGACCCCGACAGUCUCCCGAGUCGCCAGCGCUCUAAAUUUUCCCUCCAUCCGCUCGUGGACUUUCUCAUGCUGAACGCUGCGCUCGGUGCCGAUCAUCUCGACCCGACGACUUCCUCCACGUCCUGAUCCAAUCUUGCCCCUUUGGAAGAUUUCGCAUUAAACCGCGGACUUCUGCCGAAGGUUGGUGGGCUUCCUUCCUUCCUUCCUUCCUUCCGUCGUCCGCCUCCAUUAUUCGAUUCAGCCCGCACGUAAUUCCCGAGGGAGACGACCGCAUGAACAUUCGCGGGACGGAGAAUGCUGUUCACGCUGAGCCCGGACCGCGGCCGAGGUCGUCUGCAGGGCUUAUGCAGAACUUUGCUGACUCUGUAUUUAUAUUUGUUUUCUGUUCGUGCGAUUUCGGGGCCGUGUGAGUGUCUGGCAUCCACCGGCGGAAGUCGGCAGCAGCCCGAGCUCAAGUGUGGAGGAGGAGGCGCAGGGGCAGGAGGAAGAGGAGCUCGCUCGAGCAGCAGCACGGGAUUGCCAAUUUAGACGACGGAACGCAGGCAGGUAGGGAGGCAUUUGUAUUGCAGCUCAGACAGACAGACAGACAGAAAGACAGAUUUGGGGGAGCGAGUGAUCGAUCGAUCGAUCGGAAUCGAUGGAGCGGAGGACCUCGAGAGAGAAGUUGAUUCGGAUAUUAACGGUGCGACGGAAGCAGAUGGAGCACGUGCUGAUGGGCGCUAGUGGCAGCGGGAGGCGAGGGGCAGAGCAUCUCAAGGGCGAGAAAGGCGAUGCGGGAUCGUCGUCGUCCUCAUCGUCGUCUUCCUCUUCGUCGUCCAAGUCAGCCAUGUCGCAGAUUCUCAGCAGCAGCGCCGAGUUCUGCAUUUCUUCGUCGUGCUGCAGAAUGUCAGCAGCUGAGGUUAGUGAGCCCCAGCCUCUCCACACACGGAUGGACAGCGAGAGGGACAGGGAGAGAGUGAAAGAAUGACGAGUGCAUCGCACAGCACCCGAACGCAACCGACGGAUUGGAUUCGAAAGGAAACUGGACUCGACAGGAACGGACACGACAGAACAGGCAGCACUACUUUCAACUGCAUUCUGCAAUCCUGAUGCUGAUGAAACCCGGUUCACGCCCUCGCUGGACCGGACUGAUCUGGCCUUUGCAGGUGACAGAUCCCUUCGAGAGAGAUCAACGUAGAUGGAUGCUGGGACGAUGGAGAAGUCGAAGGUCUUCGUCGUCGGCGUCGGCGUCAUCUUCCGAGAGUUACACGUCUGUGCAGAGAGGGACGGUGCCUUGAGAGGAAAGGAGGUGACAGUCGAUGAUUGCAAGGCUCUCCUCCUCGAUGUGGACUUUUUCAUUCUCAACAGGAUUGUGAGGAGUGGAGAAGACCGACAACGUAGUGAGACAUGUUCUUCGUCCGACAGUAGAGCAAGUAGCAGGAGGAUGUGAACGCAUCCAUAACACUCCACACAUACUACUACGACAGCCCGAUAUGUUCGUUUAGUAUAAAAUGUGAUCGCAGAGAGAAGCAACUAUGGGGAUUGCAGAUGAUGGAGAAGAACUAAAGUGAGUUGAAGAGAUGGGCACCACAUGCUCCGAGUGAUGUCGACCGUGAGUACUCACCUCACACAUAGAGUUAGUUAGUUUCGUUCUUUCCUGGUCAUUCACAAACCGAUUUGAUUUAUUCUGGUAAGAAAAAAUGGCUCACGAAGCAGCCCAGCUCUUUUCAGUCCAGCGUUUAGAACAGACCACUCAUGUACAUGAUGGGCACAUGACCAAUUGACGGCAGCAGCAGCGGCUUCUUCUUCUUCCUCUGCUGCUGCUGCUGCUGCUGUCCUCCUCAUCGAGACAGCAAGCACGCCACUGCGGCUGCUGCCGCCGCUCAAGUGUUGUAUGAUAUUACAGUCGAUCAGCAAUGUGUAAGAAUAAAGCCGAUCGUUUCAGAG